AUGUACCGGCAGGUUAAAAUUCAUCCUAACGAUUCCCCUCUGCAACGUAUUCUUUGGCGGUUCAACGAAACGGGCCCAAUUCAAGUAUACGAGCUUCAGACGGUAACGUAUGGUUUAACACCAUCGUCAUUUCUCGCUACUCGAGUCAUAAAACAGUUAGUCGACGAUUUCGGAGAAAAAUAUCCACUUGCUAGCCCAGCCGUGAUGAACGAUUUUUAUAUGGAUGAUUUUUUGUCGGGAUCAGACUCUGUACAAAAUGCUAAACUACUACAAAACGAGGCUCAAUCUUUGAUGGCUGAAGGUGGUUUUGAAUUGAGAAAGUGGAGCUCUAAUCGUGCCGAUGUUUUAUGUAACCUACCCACCGAAGCAAUUGAGAAACAAUCUACACUGCACUUCGAUAAAGAACCUAUGAUUAAAACACUAGGAGUGGCAUGGGAAACAAGAACAGAUAAGUUAUUUGUCGAAGUACGAGUAGUUCCUAAAAACCCACAGGCAUGGACUAAGAGAAAUAUAUUUUCUGCAAUCGCGCAACUUUAUGAUCCUCUCGGACUUAUUUCUCCGGUAAUAAUGCGGGCGAAAAUCUGCAUGCAGCAAUUGUGGUUAACCUCUAUCAAUUGGGAUGAACCUGCCCCGCACGAAAUCAAAACAAAAUGGGAGGAAUUUUACACACAGCUUCCUUUACUACAAGAUUUUAAGGUUUCUCGCUGCAUACUAGCCUCUGAACCAACAAUGCCGCAACUACACAUUUUCUGCGAUGCGUCGGAGAACGGUUACGGAGCUUGUAUUUACGCACGUUCGAUGAACCAUGACGGUCAACCUUAUGUUCAACUUAUCGCGUCGAAAUCACGAGUAGCACCCGUUAAACAAAAGAUUAGUUUACCUCGUUUAGAAUUAUGUGCCGCAGAAUUAGGAGCUAAACUUUAUGCCAAGAUCUCGACCGCACUGAGGAUGGAAGGAGUUUCUUGUUGGUUCUGGUCUGAUUCAACCGUCACCUUACAUUGGAUUGCAGCUUCCCCAAACACCUGGCAAACGUUCGUGGGUAAUCGCGUGGCUAAAAUACAAUUACUGACGCACUGUGGUAACUGGAACCAUGUCAAGGGGACUGAUAAUCCAGCAGAUUUGGUUUCACGAGGUAUGAUGCCGAAGGAUUUUACUGCGGUAUCCGCUUUCUGGCUUCACGGACCAGCAUGGUUAAGGGAGAAGGAGAGUUUGUGGCAAGAUUGCUUGAAGCCACCCACACCAGCCGAAGAAAUAUUGGAGAGAAGACAAACGACCCUAAUAGUACAGCCAAAUACAUCAGCAAAUCCAUUAUUCGAACGCUACUCCUCGUUUUGGCGUUUGCUACGUAUUACAGCCUAUCUUCGACGUUUUAUUAACCGUUGUCGUUCUAGGAAAUGUGAGCAUCAACCAUUCAUUUCCACUUCGGAGAUACAAGAAGCAAAGGAAACUCUGGUUAAAGUAGUUCAACAUGAGACAUUUAAAGAAGAAAUACAGCAUUUAAUGCAGAACCAUCCCUUACCGUCAAAAUCGACCAUAAAUAACGUACAUCCCAUACUCGAUUCGAAGGGCGUUCUACGUGUUGGUGGCCGGUUGAAUUUAUCAAAUGAAAGUUAUUAUACCAAGCACCCCAUGAUACUUCCUCCAAAACAUCAGUUAGCUCGACUUAUCACAACGCACUUCCACAUAAAUUGUCUCCACUCGGGACCUCGAAUGACUCUUGCCACCAUGCGUAGAGAAUUCUGGCCGGUUCAUGGAAAGGUACUCGCAAACCAUAUAUGUCGAAAUUGUAUCACUUGCUUCCGUCACAACCCUGUUCCUGUAACGCAACCUCAAGGUCAGCUUCCUAAAGCACGCACAAUGCCUAGCAAGCCCUUUUUUGUGAGCGGUGUGGACUACUGCGGCCCUUUUAAUCUGAAACCUGCCCACCGUCGUGCAGCAUCACAAAGGGUGUUCAUUGCAGUUUUCGUCUGUUUUGCUACUAAGGCAGUCCACCUUGAGGUAGUGUGCGACUUUUCAACGGACGCCUUUAUCGCAGCAUUACGUCGUUUUACCGCCCGACGCGGCAUGCCAGCGGAAAUUUAUUCGGACAAUGGGCCAAAUUUUCAAGGAGCAAAAAACACACUAACUGCAAUGCAUCAAAUGUUGGGAAAUAAGCAGCACCAGCGAGUCAUCGUCGAUGAGUGCUGUAAACACGGAAUCGUAUGGCGGUUUAUCCCUCCACGGGCCCCAAACUUUGGGGGUUUGUGGGAAGCUGCCGUGAAAACAACCAAAUCAUCGUUAAGCAAGGUUAUUGGGUGUCGGCAGCUAACGUAUGAGGAUAUGGCUACUGUGCUAUGUCAGAUUGAAGCCAACAUGAACAAACGACCACUUACACCUCUCUCGGAUGAUCCUACUGAACUAGACGUUCUAACUCCGGGUCAUUUCUUAACCAGUGGACCGCUCCUAAACCUUCCUGACCCAGAAUAUACUGAAAUACCUACAAAUCGACUACGACACUAUCAACAACUGCAACAGUUGGUGCAGCAUCAUUGGCAACGUUGGAGAAAAGAGUAUUUGACGGCAUUGAACCAACAGUGGCAAAAAUGUGGUUCUCCAACAGAUAUUCGCCCUGGACAGAUGGUGUUACUCCAAGAAGACGGAAAAUCUUCAGUUAGCUGGCCUCUCGCAAGAAUAGAAUCAGUCCAUCCAGGUGAAGACGGUAUCGUCCGCGUGGCAACGGUUCGAACAAAGAACGGAACAUAUAGACGACCGAUUUGCCGAUUAUUUCCACUUCCUGUAGAUCAACAACUAAUAACGGCUCCAGACGAAAUAGCUUAA